AUGGGUCGCCGAAAGAUUGAGAUCAAAGCAAUCAAAGAUGAUCGCAACCGCUCAGUUACAUUCCUGAAGCGAAAAGGGGGUCUCUUCAAGAAGGCGCAUGAGUUGGCCGUUCUGUGUUCCGUCGACGUCGCAGUCAUUAUCUUCGGUCAAAACAAGAAACUCUAUGAAUAUUCAUCAUGUGAUAUGCCCGAAGCCCUCGGGCGAUACCAAUAUUUUGGGGGUCCACAUGAACAUAAGGGUCCUGAAGAUUUUUCCGGCAAACGAGACGACGACGAUGAUGAAGAUGAUGAUCAUACUCCAGCACCCGAGGAAAUGCAAACCCAACAGACUCACUCCAUUGUUCCCCCGCAUCUUCACCAACAACCCGGUUUCCAGCAUAUAAAUCAUCACCCCUCUGCGUCUCCACCAAUUCCGAAUGGCCUCCCAAUACGACAUGGUACACCGCAAUCUCAAAUCUCCCGCCCUUCGUCUAGAAAUCAUAUUCGUCGCGUAAGCUCAAAUCUCGGACCGCACCAACAACAUCAACAUGCCACUCCGCCGCCACCCGCCGCACAAAAUGGCUACUAUAUGCCUAACCCGUCAAUGUAUAACCCCAAUGUGCACUCUGCGAUGAAUCAACCUCGACCUCCACAAUACGCCCAGUACACGCAUCCCCCGCCAUCCCAGGGAACGCCACCCCAAGGAAUUACUCAUCCCCACGGUCUACCACCUCAACAGCAAAUGCCCCAGCAACAUUUCCAGCAUGCCCAUGCGGUAGCAACUCACCAGAUGGGAAUGCCUCCUGGUUCACACGCGCCGGUACAGCAGAGCCAGGAGCGCGGAAUGCCUGAUAAUCAAGAUAAUACGUCGGGUGGUCUGAAGCCGGAACACAGCCAAUCACCACCCCAGCCGAAAUCUCUAUCCAAGUCCCGCAGCAUCUUUACGCCUAUUGACGAUCGAGGAUCGGUUCUAGCCCAGCACUUUAGAGCAGGUUCCAUGUACGAGACGGCCCGGACAAACCACAAUAUGAAGCCCGACCCGCCACGCGACGAUUCAUUAGUACCGAAGGCACCCCAUAUGCAUGUCGUUCCAGAACCUCGGGCACAAUCGAUCUCAUCGACUCCAGAACUUAAACCUCCCCAGCGAACCAAUAGUGCUCAAAUGCAAUCUAAACGACCGCAAUUGAAAGUUCAGAUCCCAAGCGAGAGCUCUGAUCGUGGUAGUGCAACGGGUGAUUCCUCCUCACGCGAUUCUGCGGGCAAUAAAACUACGCCUGCUAAGGGCAGCGGGGAUAACCCUCCACCAGGGGGUGUCGUUCUACCCCCACCUUCACCUUCAGCGGGGGCAAUUCUUAGCGCAGGCGCCCAAGGCCCCCCCGAACCCACGCCUAUCUCUGCGCUUCCCAGCCGCUUUGUCUCCGAUGCCUUACUCCCAUCGCCUUCUAGUUUCUUCCCUGAAUGGGGUUUUGGUCGUUCCGGACCAGACUCCAGUCUCCUGCCAAGUCCUCUCACUUUCCCCACUCCAGCCGUGCAGAGUGGACCAAGUUUUGCCCGAGAGGACGAGCAGGAUAAGAAACGCAAAGAACCAGAUGGGGGCUCAAUGGACAAUGGAACAAACAAAAAACCAAAACCUUAA